AAUGAUAACCUGCAGAUGUAUUGUGUCUUAUUCUCUCCAUCAGAUGCCUGUGAACUGGUAGUGGACACAAACACAGUGAGCAGAAGACUCAAACUGUCUGACAACAACAGGAAGGUGACAGGUGUGGAGGAGGAUCAGUCAUAUCCUGAUCAUCCAGAGAGGUUUGACUGCUGGCCUCAGCUGCUGUGUAGAGAUGGUCUGACUGGUCGCUGUUACUGGGAGGUUGAGAGGAGAGGAAGGUCUUAUAUAUCAAUGAGUUACAGAGGAAUCAGAAGGAGAGGAGGCAGUAAAGACUGUGGGUUUGGAGGGAAUGAUCAGUCCUGGAGUCUGUUCUGCUCUGAUGAUGGUUACUCUGUCUGGCACAAUAACAGAACAACAUCUACCAUCCCCUCCUCCUCCUCUGUCUCUAACAGAGUAGCAGUGUAUGUGGACUGUCCUGCUGGCACUCUGUCCGUCUACAGAGUCUCCUCUGACUCACUGAUCCACCUCCACACCUUCAACACCACAUUCACUGAACCUCUUUAUCCUGGGUUUAGGGUCUGGUCUGGUUCCUCAGUUUCUCUGUGUCCUCUGCAGGUCUGAGACUCUCUCCUGUGGACAGAAACUCUGCUGACUUUAGAUCAGCUGCUGA